CUAUCAUCAUCCGCACCAACAACCUUCGAGGACAGGUCUCUCACUCGAAUCACAAUUCCUACACCAGAGAACGGUUUGCUACUGAAAGAUCGACCAUGGACAGCUUACCCCAAGAGAUGAUUGAUCGGAUUAGCGGCUACUUACCGUAUAAUGAUCUGAAGAACACGCUUUUGGUGUCCAGAAGGUUUUCUCAUGCUGCAGAAAGAGAGUCCGGCGCUUUUUCCAGAUUCGAUUUGAAUGGCGCCAAUGCCGACAACUUCUUGACAGUCUACAGUACUCGCCGCUGGAGGUACCUACGACAUGUUGAAUUUCGCACCCACUUACACCCCUUGCCAGCCAUCGUUAACGAUCCGGAUAUCUGCUACGAGAGACCAGAAGAAUUGCGGGAAUGGGAUAUAAGAUUCACUCGGCAGAUCAAGUUCCUUUUCGACACGAUAGCACGUGUCGAAGACAAAGCAAAGGAGUAUGGCCCAGGAAGAUUGCAACUCACCAUCAAUACCCCCUCUAGACUUCCACUCUGGGAUUGGUGUAUGCGCAGAGAAUACAUUGGCUGGCGCGUCCAUCUUCUUUCGGCGGAAAAACUCCCACAGCUUUACUGCGUGCGGUCGCUUUUCGUGAGAAAUCCAACGUCAGAACAUCUUUAUGAAGAGGGGGACGCCACGAUCGUGAAGUUGGAUCUUCGCGUCUUGAUCGACCUUUCGGGAAAACUGCCCAAUCUCGAGUCUCUUAAGUGUAAGCUGGGAAUGUGUGAAUGGACCCGAGCUAGUUGGGAUGAUAGGGUUAGCGAUGAAAAUCUGGGGCAGUACACCCGCGAUUGGGACGGACCACGUCGAGAUUCCCGCAACGGCUUUGCAAGCGCUUUACAGGAAAAAUACGACUUGGGAUUGCUGCCACCAUCACUACGGAGUGUGGAUUUGGAUUUCUUGUAUCCAUGGAUGGAGGUCUAUUAUGCAGACCGACGAGAUCCUCUUGCCAAUAUGGUAGAACCAUUGCUCCACGAUCACUUCAGUUCCAGCUUGCGUCUACUAUCACAACAACUACGGCGAAUGUAUGUGCGUCUCGUUGCGGACGCAACUCUCUUCUGGCCCAACGAGAAAAACUCUAGUACCCCUUCCUGGCCGAAUUUAGAGAGUCUAGAGGUUGUCUUCUGCCCAGCUAGCCCGUCUGGGCUAUGGUAUUUUCACGGCCCAGAAGGCGAAGGACACUUGAAGCCCCUGCCCACCACCAUAUCACCUACGACCUCCUACCCCCCGCUUUCCCAAUCAAGUGGUGACUGUCAAUGCGGGAGGAUUGUCAUGCGUUCCAGUAUAGACAAUUACGUCAUUUUAGAUUCCCAAUUUCAUGUCAUUCCUACCGACGAGAUGAUGAUCCCAUUUCUGACCGGUUUCGCAAAAGCCGCAGCGACCAUGCGCAAUCUCAGAGAAGUGGCGCUCUGGGGAAUACUCUUAAACGCCGCUAAAGAUACCAUUAGUGAAUAUAGAGAUAGGUAUGGGCAAGCGUCUGUAGAUUGUGUACAGCAGACCGAAGAGUGGCUGGCCUGGGGUUUAGCGUACGCGGCGCCUGGAGGGCGUGUGUUGCAUGCUUCACCUGGCACUCAGAACGCCGCUUUCAGGCAACUUUGGUGGCAUGUUGGCAACUGGAGGCCUAGUGAGGAGUUGUACGCGCUCAUGAGACGCGUCGGUGGUGGCGGGGACGAAGAAGAGCUGGUGGAGUAUUGGCACCAUGAUCGUUAUCGUGGCGGCCUGGUUUCUCUGGAUGUGUUUAAGACGUCGGAAAUGUUUGGCGAUUCGGAUGAGGACUAUCCAAAAUGGUCUUUUUAA